AUGAAGACCUCUACCAAGGCCAUCAAACGAGUUCUGGAUCAUCUGCAAUCCACCGGGAGGGUGCUUGGCACCGUAGAGCCGAGAAAUUCUGCCACACUAACUGAAGAAGCAACGUUUAAUGGUGGUCAACAGCAAUUGCAGGGCGGGAAAUCCAUUGUGCUACAAUAUAGAAGUUACAAUCCAUAUUUGGUGAAGGAGGAUUUUAUAUCGAUUCUGCCAGAAAACCUAUACAAAAAUAGGGGCCAAUUUACCAAUGAGCUUGACUUCCAGCUGAUUAAAGUAAGGGACCCUAAAUAUUUCAAAUUCAAGGAUCAGUAUAACUUGUUGUUUAAUGAUCAUAACUCACUGACUGAGUACGCAAACCUAACGAAACUCUCACGAAUAAACAAAGUCAGGGUGAAAAUGACGCCAUUGGUGCAGCCCUUGGCCACCAUGAUGAGGAAAUUUCAAAGAUACUCCAAAAAUCUAUACAACGCAUUUCAAUCAUCUGAGCGAUAUUUUGAAGGGUUAAACGAAAGAACUGAUAUUACCAACGAAACAAAUGUAAGUCAAUUAUUGAAUAUCCAUGAAUCUAUUCGAGAACUUGAAAGUAAAUCCGUGGUAGUUUGGAAUUUACCUACCCAGUUGCGAUCGUACGAUGUACUAAAUUACUUUUGGUUUUACAAUAUAAGAUCAAGCUUUAAAAUAUACUGGGAUGAUGAGAUGAAGAGAAAUCUACGAUUUAUAUCUUUUGAAAAUUCUGACGAUGCGUAUCGAUUCAAAAGGAACUAUCAUGGUUUGUUAGCAAAAGAGUUACUGAAUCUGCCGAAAAGUGAGGGGGCAAUUGACGACGCGACCGAGACGGGCUCCGACAUGGACACUUCGAAAGUGUUAGUCGAUUACUUGAGCGAAUGA